GCGGUAGACUGAGAGACGGAGACAGAGAAACUGGGGGAGAAGUUACAAUAACGGGUUAGACAGACAGAAAUAGUGUGUGAGCGCACAAAGACGGGACGUAACGCUUUUAAUCUGACACGCGGACUCCAAACUUCCCCAAGGGAAAACUCUCCACUACCUCAACUCGAGUGUAGACCAGGGGGAGUUGUCGCACCUUGGCCCCGAAGCCUGCGCUGCUCUGAGGGUCUGAAAACUCUUCUUCCCCUUCACCUCCGGCUGUUUUCAUGUUCCUCCAGUCGUCUCGCACUUUGAGCCCGUGUCUAAUGGAGGGCCCCGUACGGAUUUGCCUCCAGAAGAAUGCGUUUUGCUGCUAACUCACCCGACGACUCGCAGCUUUUGCCCUCCUGCAAGAGAGGUAAGGACGGACUGAGGGGAGGCAAAGAGGGGAGUCCCGGGCCGGCUGGCUGGGAGCGAGUUGGGGGAGGCUUCGUUGUGCCCAACAGGCCAGCUGGGCUUCCCUGGAAAUAGCAAAAGAAGAAGUAAUGUUCAGAAGAAGCUGAGAGCUCCAAGGUUCGAUCAACAGACAAGUGUGUGGGUGCUGGGCAACACGGCUGCUGGCAGGGGUCAAAGUGCACCAUGGACAGUGGCCUAAGGGUCCUCCUGUCCACUGUGCUGUGUCUCAGCCAGUCCCUGCUUAUCAGCUGCUCAUCUCAAUAUCCCUCUUUCCGCUCUGAGCCUGCCUCCUUGAUUCAGAGUCGAGGCUCAGUUGCUCGGCUGCACUGCUUAGUAAGUCCCCCUUCAGCUGUGGUUUCCUGGCGCUUCGGAGACCGACCACUGGACCAGGACACCCUGCCUGGUGUGGAGUUCAAAGAGGGCUCCCUCACCAUCUCCUCCCUUAAGCCCAGCCAUGUUGGCGUCUAUCAGUGUGUGGCACACUUAGACCACGGGCCGGCUAUCGCUAGCCGCUACGCACGUGUGGCCAUAGCAGAAAUAACAGACUAUGAAGGUGGCCGGCGGCGGUCAUUAUCAGCACAGGAAGGCAGCACUGUUCUUAUCGAGUGUCCUCUACCGCGCAGCAUCCCUCCAGCGCUUCCUAGACUAAGAGUACGAGGGGAGUGGAUAGAAGUGUCAACAGAUGAAUAUUUAGUGCUUCCGUCUGGAAACGUCCAGAUUAUCUCUGUUUCAUCCCAGCACCAGGGCAUGUAUAAAUGUGGUGCGUUAAACCCCGUUACUGGGGAAACCGUCAUGCAGCCUCAUGGUACUAAGCUAUCAGUGAAACAUUCAGACUCCUCCCGCCCAGUGAGAAUAGUUUACCCCACCACCCCAGUGACUGUUGUGGUGCAGCAGUCACAGCUGCUGACGUUGGAGUGUAUCGUGUCUGGUAGUCCUGCACCAGCAGCCAAAUGGUUUAAGAAUGGUAAAGAGCUCAAACAAGGGGCUUCUCACCAACGACAGCACAACAAUCUAGCUUUUGUUUCGACGACGAGGAGUGAUGAAGGGAGUUAUACCUGUGCUGCUGAGACUGAGCAGGGGACUGUGAUCAGCGCUAACUAUACUGUGAAUGUUCUUGAGCCUGUGUCUAUCACAGAGGGCAUGACCAAUCAGCUCGUCUCUCUUGGCUCCUCCACUCGUUUUACCUGCGUAACGAAAGGAAACCCUUCACCAAACAUCACCUGGCUGUUCAACGCUGAGCCCAUCACCUCAUCACCACGCUUUCAGAUCUAUAGAUCCUCACUUGUUAUUACAGAUGUGACACCACAGGAUGAGGGCUUGUUUCAGUGUCUGCUGGACAACGGGAUUGGCUCGGCACAGUCAUGUGGAAUGCUUACAACGCAAUCGGGUCCACAGCCAGGCUCCACUGCCGGUGUGCUACUGGAGGCGACGCCAUCGCUCUACCCAAUGCAGAGCGACGAGGGCCAUGAGCGUUUCCUGACCGAAGAUGAAGGCGACACAAUCAACCUGCCGGCUGACAGGAGUGCUGACCGUCCUAUUCCAGAGGCGCCGAUCAUCAUCAGCCCGCCCCAGACUCAUAAGCCUGAUGUGUAUGACCUGGAGUGGAGGGCAGGACGUGAUGCAGGGAGUCCAAUCAACGCCUAUUUUGUCAAAUACCGUAAGGUUGAUGAAAUGGGAACGGUGGUUGGGAGUUGGCAUACAGUUCGUGUCCCUGGCAGUGAGAAGACCCUGCGGCUGUCAGAGCUGGAGUCCUCCAGUCUCUAUGAGGUGCUGAUGGUGGCUCGAAAUUCAGCAGGCGAGGGCCAGGCAGCCAUGCUCACCUUCCGCACCGGCAAGGAGAAAAGCACCACCUCCAACAAGAAUCCGUCCAAGCCUCCCGUCAUCUCUGUGCCCCCCAAAGCUCCAGAGGACAAAACCCCCAACACACACUUUGGUGUCGUCAUACACGACAGAGUUCCCGAGGCCCCUGAUCGCCCCACAAUCUCCAUGGCGACUGAAAGUUCAGUGUAUGUCACCUGGAUCCCGAGAGCCAAUGGCGGUUCUCCAAUCACAGCUUUCCGUGUCGAGUACAGACGCGGCCGAAGCGCAGAGUGGGUUGUGGCUGCGGAUAAUAUCUCGCCUCUCAAGCUAUCUGUGGAAGUUCGCAAUCUGGAGCCUGGUUCCACCUGCAAGUUUCGCGUUGUAGCCAUAAACAUGUACGGCGAGAGUCCUCACAGCAUUCCCUCGAAGCUGUACCAGGUGCCACAAGCCAGCCUGCAGAUCGCAGACCGUCCUGUAGUUGGACCUCACAUCUCAUCCACAGACGCCAUCAGUGACACACAGAUCAUGCUGCGCUGGACUUAUAGUCCCUCGAGUAACAACAACACUCCAAUUCAAGGCUUCUACAUAUACUACCGUCCCACAGACAGUGACAAUGACAGCGACUACAAAAGGGAUGUGGUCGAAGGUGUAAAACACUGGCACAUGAUUGGACAUCUCCAGCCUGAGACCUCCUAUGAUAUUAAGAUGCAGUGCUUUAAUGAUGGGGGAGAGAGUGAAUACAGCAACGUCAUGAUCUGUGAGACCAGAGCACGUCAGUCCCCGGGGUCACCCAGUCAGUACCCCAUCACCCCACCUGGCCCCCUUCCACAGGAGCCACCCAGCCCACCUGGAGGACUGCUGUACCUCAUUGUGGGCUGUGUUUUGGGAGUGAUGGUGCUUAUUCUGCUGGCUUUUAUCGCCAUGUGUCUGUGGAGGAAUCGCCAGCAGAACAACAUGCACAAGUAUGACCCUCCCGGCUACCUGUACCAGCCAGCAGAGAUGAAUGGCCACGUUCAUGACUACACUACAUUGCCUGGCUCCAACCGCAUUAAUGGGGGCGUCCACGGGGGCUACGGGCACAGUGGCCCUAUGUUACCCCAAGGGUGUCAUCACCUCCACCACAAACUACCCAAUGGCUUGGCACUGCUCAAUGGUUCCAGCAGCCUGUUCUCAUCUGGCCACCCACACGGCCACGAUGGCACACUGCCCCACAGCACUCGGGACUGCGAGCACUCGCACUCGCACCCUCACCACCACCAUAACGGUGGAGGCAUGUACACAGCUCUUCCCCAAACAGACUCGUCAGAUUGUAUGAGCUGUCAAAACCUCUGCAACAAUAACAGAUGUUACAACAAGACCAAUGGCACUUACUCCAGUGGCACUUUGCCUCUAAUGCAUCGUGUGGCGCCGUGCCAGCAGGACGGGUUGGAGAUGAUGCCUCUGGGCCAGGUUUCGUCGCAGUGCCACGGCCCCAACAACCAGAUGCUCUCUGGUGACCAGGGGGCCGAUGCAGGGUACCAGCCAGAUGAGCACAAGGAGUCCUCGCCCUCACAGCAUUCCUGCUGUCUGGUCGAGAACAAUGAAAACUGUCAAGCAGACAACACUGCUGAGGGGGAGCUGGAGUGCGUGGACAUGGAGGGGCCUGUGGUGUGCUGGGAGAGUCUUGGCCUGCCAGACUUUGACUGUGACGAAAAGCCUGGGUGGAUCUCCAGCAGCAGCCUGGCAGGAGAGCUGAUCCAGCCCAGCCCACAGGAGGUCUGAAUGCAGCCCACACACAAAUGCAUUCUCCUGCAGUGUGGAGGGUUUAGAGUCUGGACAAGAGACAGUGGUGGAAAUAUCACUACACACCAGGAAGGAAGAGGUUAAGCAAUGCUAUAGUCAGAGACACUGCAUGUUACGGUGGCAAGGACACAAAACCUUCGAUGGACUGAACUGAGAUGAAUGACUUGGGAAAAGAGAGAGACUACAAGAGACUGAGAGCAAAGCCAGAUGGAGAGAAAGACAAAGAGCAAAGGAAACAUUGCUCAAAGACAGAAACUAUAUCCCACUGGAGGAAAGACUCUCAUAAAAGAUCAAAAACUCUUUAGAUGACUUAUUUAUUUUUUGUAGUAGUAAAAUAUUAUUUCAUAUGAAUGUAUCUGUUUUAAAGGAAGUUUGUCUUUUAUAUUAUUUAUGCCUUUUGGAUGAGAAAUACUGUUUAUUUUUUGUUGUAUUGUCUGUGUUCCACUCAUGAGUGGAGAUUAGCAACUGUCCGUGUAAAGUUUUGUAAUAAUAUAAAGAGAAGAUAUGGAAGAGUAAACAACAACCUAUGUUC